AGUUGUAGGCAAGGAUCAGGAUUUGAUCUUGGAUUGGUGCUAGACAAUCCUAAUGCUACCCAUCUGAUCCAGAGAUGCAGAGUGGGAGAAGAUCCUUGAGUGUAAAUUUAUUUGACUGCUUUGUCAUAACACCAAUUGUUGCCAUUCUUUUUCAGGUACCUGGGGCUGCAUCAGUUGUUGCACCGAGUUCCAAUUGCUAUGCCUUUGACAACAGCGGUCACCUUUUUGAUUUUACUAGCUGGAUUGGGCACCCAUUCGAGUACGAUGGAAAGGAUUCUGACUUAGUUGUUAGAUUUUGUAGAGAUGUGGAGAGUAGAUCUCAAACGGGUUAUGUUGAUUUUGGCCGUUUCGAUACUUCCACCUAUUUUAUGGCUGGUGUUGGGCGCGUGAGCUUUGUUCAAGGAUUUUACAAUGGUGAUUUGACGAAUUGUGAGCAAAGCUUUGAUAAAAGGGGACGUACAGCUCAGGUAGAUAUUAUAUGUGGAAAUUGCUUAAAUGGAAGAUGUAAAGGUGAAUUGGGCUGCAUAUGCAAUGUGACUUACGAUUCAACUUGCAGGGUUCGCGCUGAGCUUGCCGUCCCGUGUGAGAAACAUGGUCCUCGUGUAUUUGAAGGUUUUACCGUUGGUUUUCAUCCUCGGUCAUGGGAACUUGUUUACAAUGGGAUGACUCAACUGGGUUUUGAAAAGUCUAACCGUGAAUUCAGCUUCAGAACUGAGCAGACUCAUGUAUCUCUUUAUAUGACUGCAAGUUCUGCUCUUUCUAGUCUGGUGGGGAAACCUGUCAUUAAGGUUAGUCCUAACGAAGGCCUGGAGGUUGAGCUGUCUGGCUCAGGAGCAAAUGGGAGCCCGCCAACCACUUUGUCACCGACAAUACUGAUUAUUGAUUGGAGAUGUGAGGAGGCCAGUGAUACUCCAUAUCAAGUUAAUAUUUCUGUCCCAGUGGAGGGUUAUGAGCCUGUUGAGUUCACUCUUACAAAAAUGUGUGAACAUAGGCAGAAUAGAAGAGGUGAUGCUACAAGAGGAUGGGCUACAUUUGGAAUAUUUUCUUGCGUAUUCAUUGUGAUGUCAACCCUACUUUGUUGUGGGGGCUUCAUUUACAAGACUCGAGUUGAACAUCAGCGAGGGCUUGAUGCAUUGCCAGGGAUGACAAUUCUAUCAGCCUGUUUAGAAACUGUGAAUGGAGGCAGCGGCAGCUACUCACGAGCAGAGGACCUCAAUGGAACAUUCGUCAAUCAAGCAUCUUGGGAACGCCAGCCUGUUUCUGCUCAGGGAAACCAGAGAACAAGUGAUAGAAGAUAUGGUUCAAUCUGACAUUCUGAAAUGUAGACCAAGUGCCUAUAAUUUUCAGGUUUUCUGUAUUGCUUUUAUAUUUGUAUUCUUAAAAAUUUGUUGGAUAACACAAAUCACAUCAGGAUUCUUGGGGUGUAUCAUUUCUCUUUUUCCCUUCUAGAACCAAGAUAUUACAAAAUAAUAUCUUUUUGCUCUU